AUGCUUAAGAUUUCAGUUGAGAAUUAUCUGAUGAUGUAUAAUAUUUUGCCUCUUCCCUAUUUUGAGAUAAUUCUGGAAAGUGCACAAAGUACUGCUAACAUGUUUUAUGUUUAUGACAAUUGCUUCUCUUGGAGGACUAAUAGCUUUCGCAUAAUUAAUUGGGGCACUGCCGCACUGGCUAAUUCAACAAGAGCGGCUGAAGUUCCUGACAUCAUCAAUGGUCUUGGCAUAGAUUUUGGAGCAUUCUCUAUUUUUGCAUUUCUUUAUUACAGAGAGAACAUUUCUAAAAAUUCUCAGUCGGCCAAACUUUCAAGAGAGGAAAAUCUCUCAAUCCUUGAGCUUCGUGUAGAUGAGAAGAAAAUUCUUCCCGUCAGUGCUUUUAGAGAAAUUGCUCGUCUUGUCAUUCUUGCUGGUCCUGCAUCUUUCAUUACUGAACCUUUCAAACUCAGUGAACCUUUUAUCAAGGGCACCAUGGAAAGAGGGGUGCUUCUUGUCCCGUUUGCUACAGAUGGAAAUUCACCUGUCUUCGAAUUUGAAGAGAGUGAAGAGACGAAGGAAUGGACUUCCAUUGUAUUGUGUGGAAUCAGGAUUUAG